GAGGAGGCCUGGCGAAGGGGGGCGAAAGCUGCAGAGGGCUGCGCCGGAGGUCCUUGGGCAGGCGAAAAAAGCCGGGCGCUGCCCUUCGUUUUGCUGCCCUCGCCUAUCUUGGCGAUGCGCGUCGACGCUUCCCGUGGCCCGCCUCUGCCACGGUGGGCGGGCCGGGGUUUCCUUGACCGGCGACGAUUGCGGCCGCAGGUAUGCGCCCGGGCGAGAUUGGGACGAAACCCUAGCAGAGAAGAUUGGGACAGGCGCCGCGGCGAGAUGAGGCGGCUGCCGCGCGGAGGGGUCGCGGGAGGUUGCGCCGAUGAAAAUGGUGGCCACAUCGCCGACGUCUGCGGGACCGGAUCGACCCCACGAACCACAGGUAUAUCCGAUGACAUUGCUGGCCGCCGCAGGCGCUCUCCCCGCGGGUUUGCCUUGCUUGGCGCACUAACUUCCGCGGCCGAGGCAUUUGCGAGCCCCGGCGGGCCGCCAAGCGCGCCGGCCGGCGCGGCCGGGCCGGGCCGCUAAGGGCCCGCCAAGGGCACUGCGGCGCUGCGCGCUUCUUUUGCGCUGGGGCUAGUACGUCCGCGCUUCGGCGCGCAGCGUCCUGAACAGGUGCCCGAUUCUGGGACAGCUGCUGCCCCAGGCCCGCACGGCCUUCCGCGUGUUCGGGUCUGUGCGUCCAGCGGCAGAGUGCGGAGGCACGUAGCGAACGGAAAGGCGGCGCCCGGAGGCUUCGCGCGGGCGGCGCGGCCGCUCCUUGGCCGCGCCGGCCCCCGUUUAGGUGUCGCCGCCCUUCGAACACGUCGGCCACCUUCUGGGUCCCCGGGAUGCGCCCCGGC